AUGUCAUUUGGUACUGAAGACAGGCCUUGUGAACGCCCAGUUGGUCCUCGAAGCGAAGUGUAUGAGCAUAUCGCUUUUCGCGGCCGGGACUUAGUGGAUUUACAAAUAAUUCCACCUCUUUAUCUUGACGAUGACCCCUCCAUUGUUAGUGCUGAGCUUGAGCACAGCCCGGUUUCUAAGUCGAAGCCACAAGGUGACAUAGAUGGUCCAGAUGACUUAUGGGGUAGAAAUUCUGUGUUCUCUGGAGUUCCGAAAUCCGAACCUCCCAUUUCAUCGAUGGAACGUCCGUCAGCACCAGUAUUCCCCAACUUUAUGUCGCCGAAACCACCCGCUGACCUUCUGGCUGACAUUCCAUUAAAUCCGUGGGGAUCGUUAGGAGGUAGAUUAAGUGGAGAAGGAGAUCGUGCUUCUACUACUAACGCCACCAGCAGCACCACCACCACUGCUACUACAUCAAAGAAAGAAGUUGUUGCUAAAGUGCCUUCAAGUAUCAGCCCUACGCCGACCAAAACGGAAGACGGUGGAAAAGCAACAGGAAGUAAAUCUCGUGGAGUCCAAAGUAAUCGUGGGUUUAGACCCACUUAUAGUAAUAACCAGCGCCACGGCUCCAGACCACAUAAUGACUCUUAUGACGAAGGUCGCGGCCCUGGAACUUCUGGGACUGCAAUCUCUAGUCAACCAUCUGGUUCGCGCGGAGGUUAUAGCCAAAAACAGCGGCACUGGGGUCCGUCCAGCAAAUCAAGGGCCGUAAACGUCGAUUUUAAGGAAGAAUAUGAUAUGGAGAAGGCAAACGCCGAACUGGCUGAGGUGUUGGAGAAGAUUGAUAUAGCUUCGAGCAGAAGUACUGGCUCUGAGCCUGGCGAAGAAAAAGAAACUGGCAAAGAUGACGCCUACGAUAGCAGCAAGUCCUUUUUUGACACCUUAAGUUCUGAGCUGAUGGAUCGCGCACAGGGUAUCGUCAAUCGCCACUCUCGUCGAGAGGAUAGGAAACAUAAUUUUGAUACGUUCGGGCCCGCUGCUCAUCGUAUUGGUGUUUCUUUUCGUGGUGGCGGUUUUAGAGGACGUAGAGGUGGCGGAGGUCAGUACCGCGGUCAGCGUGGUGUUACAUAUGGUGGUCCUAAGUUCAACAAGCAGACGCCAAAUCGCAACACUGAAUCUGGAACAUCGUAA